AUGGCCGAGACGGAGGAGCGGAGCCUAGACAACUUCUUCGCCAAGAGAGACAAGAAGAAGAAGAAGGAGCGGAGCAGCCGGGCAGCGAGCGCCGCGGGCGCCGUGACUAAGGAUGAAGAUGAGUGGAAAGAAUUUGAGCAAAAAGAGGUUGAUUACAGCGGCCUCAGAGUUCAGGCGAUGCAAAUAAGUGAAAAGGAAGAAGAUGAUAAUGAGAAAAGAGAAGAUCCAGGUGAUAACUGGGAAGAAGGUGGAGGAGGUGGUAGUGGUGUAGAAAAGUCUUCAGGUCCCUGGAAUAAAACAGCUCCAGUACCAGCACCUCCUGCUGCAGUAAUUGUUACAGAGACCCCAGAACCAGCAAUGACUAGCGGUGUGUAUAGGCCUCCUGGAGCCAGGUUAACCACCACAAGGAAAACACCACAAGGACCACCAGAAAUCUACAGUGAUACACAAUUCCCAUCCCUGCAGUCCACUGCCAAGCAUGUAGAAAGCCGGAAGGAUAAAGAAAUGGAGAAGAGCUUUGAAGUAGUAAGACACAAAACUAGAGGUAGGGAUGAGGUUUCAAAAAACCAGGCCCUUAAACUUCAGCUAGACAACCAGUAUGCUGUGCUUGAAAAUCAGAAAAGCAGCCACACACAGUACAAUUAAGGAAUGGUCUUUGCUAACCCUUCUAAGGUAACUAGACUGCAGCUAACCACCAGGAACAGCCAUUCAUCAUCUGACCUCUGCUGGACCCACAGCCGAUGCAGACCACUCAAUCUAAGUGACCGGCCCUAUGGUACUGUGGGGGUACAGGUGUCACGGCUGCUCUUUGUAUAUAUUGGAUUUAGGGGAAUUCUCAUUGUUCUCGAAGUGCGCGAACUAGAUUCAGCAGUGUUCUUUCAUUAUUACUCUGCAAACACAAAACCAGAAACUGCAGCCAGUGGUCAUUUCAAAAUCUUUUUAUGUUCAGAUACUGAGCCUUCGUAAGGGCUGACUACCUCAGGUUUGCUGCACUCGUUGCGGACUUCAUGUGGAUCACAACUUCUGGACACGGAGGUUACAGCUAGUAAGUGUCGGUGUGAAGCUUGAGACCAGCUCUACUGGAUUCCUAUCAGAAAUCCUGCAGAAAGUCAGCCAUCUGGGUUCUGAUCUGCUGUAAAAGAUGAAGAUUUAAGUGACCUUAAUUAACCUGUCCUGUGCCCCACCCUUGGAUACUCCGUAGUGGGCCGUGUUAGACUUCCUGGAACGUGCCGCUCUCAAAAACUCCUGUGUUCAGAUAAUCUCUGUAGGGUUGUGAUUUUAUUAUUUAAACUUUGAGUUGUAUUCUGAGGUAACCACAAAUUAAAUUCAGCCAAACUUGGGUCCACCAAGUGGGAAAGGGGGUAGGGGAGGGAGUAAUCUUAUUUCUUUUAGUAAUUUUUUAUUUGGGUAGUGCUUUUUCUGUGUUCCACACAUUAAGGCCUUUUUUUUUCCUUCUUUUUGACUUGGAAUAAGUUCUUUGACAGAGCAUAUUGCUUGGUUAAAUAAGUGACCUGAAAUAUGCAUU